UAGCACUUGGUGCAAAUAUUUUAUGUUGAAAGCAUGCUCACACUGUCCAUCCACUUUCCACUCCUCUCUCUUGUUUCCAACUUCCCACUGAAGUGAGCACUUCUCCAUUCUUUCAAGACCAGAUUCCUGUUUUAGGAAGAGUAAUGAAUUCCGAUUUCUCAUCAGUCAUGGCGAAUCCAAUAAGCUUAAUGCAAUUAAUGAAAGCUGGAUUUAAAUUUCAACCAUCCCCUGAAGAAUUAAUAAUCAAUUAUUUGGUGCCGAAAUCACGUGGUGGUAUUGUGGAAGGCGUGCCCAUGGCAGAGGUUAACCUCUGCGAGCAUGAACCAUGGGAUCUACCUAAUAAAUCGAUUAUAAAUUUAGCUGAUCAAGAGUGGUAUUUCUUUUGCCCUCGCGAUCUUAAGUACAAGAAGAAGAGCAGACUUUGUAAUAGAAAAACAAAGGCCGGAUACUGGAAGUCGACCUGCAAGAUAAAGCCAAUCAUGGCCGGGCAUACUAAGAAAAACAUUGGUGUCAUGAAGACUUUGACUUUCUAUAAAACAGCUCGGCCGAAAGAUGUGAGGACUGGCUGGAUGAUAUACGAAUUUGACAUCGUCACCAAUUCUAGCCUCUCUAAAAAGGGUCAAUAUGUUCUCUGUAGAUUGGAGAAUAGAUCAGAUGAGAGGAUCAAGAAAGGUGAACAAAAUCACCUUAUGGCUUCAGUCUCUGUUUCUGAAGCUGUACCAGGUCAGAGUAUGACUUCUGAUUUUGAAAAUCAAAACUCAAGUGAGAUGGUUGUGAGUUUAGCUUCUGAUGAUAGUGAAAUAAGCCACCAUGUGGGCUCUGAUUCUGGAAACCAAAACCCAAGUGAGCUGACCCCAGCUCGCCAAGUUAGUGAAUUAAGCCACUACAUGGCUUCUGAUUUUAGAAAUCAGAACUCAUGUAAGUCAGGGUCUAAUUUAGCUUACGAUGGAAGUGGUUCGUGCCACUCCACGGCUUUUAACUCUGAAACUCAAUACCGGAAUCAGCCAACAGUUGGUUCAGUUUGUAUUGUCAACAAAAACCAUUAUAUGGCUUUUGAUUUGGAAAAUCAAAACCCCAAUGAACUGCUGACAGUUGAUUCAGUUUAUACUGUCAGCAAAAAACAUUAUAUGGCCCCGAAUGAGCUGCGGACAGUUGAUUCAGCUUAUACUGUCAGCAAAAACCAUUACAUGGCUUUUGAUUUGGAAAAUCAAAACCGAAAUGAACUGCUGACAGUUGAUUCAGUUUAUACUGUCAGCAAAAACCAUUAUAUGGCCCCGAAUGAGCUGCCGACAGUUGAUUCAGCUUAUACUGUCAGCAACAACCAUUAUACGGCUUUUGAUUCGGAGUAUCAAAACCCAAAGGAGCUGCUGACAGCUGAUUCAGCUUAUAUUGUCGACAAAAACCAUUAUAUGGCUUUUUUUUCGGCGUAUCAAAAGCCCAAUGAGCUGCUGACAGCUGAUUCAGCCUAUGAUGUCAGUGAAAGUCAGUACAUGCCUUUUGAUUCAGAAAAUCAAAAUUUGAACAAUAUAAAUUCUAUAUCAACUUAUGAGAACUCGUUAAUGGCUUCUCAUGGUUUUGAAAAUAAAAAUCCACCCUUUCCACCUGAAGGUGAAUGUGAUACUUCCGUGGUGAUGCCUUUUAAAUUUAUAAACAAAUCAACCUAUGAUGAAAGCGAACUAAGUAGCCUUUUGGCUUCUGAUUUUGGAAACCAAAAUCUAGACAAGGAAAUUAAUUUAUCAGCCUUCGAUGAAGGUGAAUGGAGUUCUCUCACAGCAAUACCUUGGAUUUUGGAAAUCAAAAUCCUUCUAAGAAGGCUGAUAUAUCAACCCAUGAAGAAGGUUACUCGAGUUACUUGACGGCCCCUUUUUCAGAAAAUAACCUAGCUGAUGUCUCGCUUCCAGAUGUAAGCCCUGAACUUCUAGCAGGGACGCUGGAAGCAAUUUUUGAGCAAAAAAAAAGCCCCAACACAGUACUUCAGCCGCCUGUGUGCGUGGAGGAAAGCCACUCCUACAUGGACUAUGAUACCUCCACGUCUACUUGACCAUAUCUGUUCUGUGGACCUAUACAUCAGCGGCACGUUCCUAUUCUGCUAUUUUAAUUUAACAUAAACAUCCAUCCUAAACAAUCGAUGCAGUUUAUUAUAUAUGGCUUAAGAGGGAAAAUACUAAUGCUCCUUUGAUAUGCCAAUUUGAAAAACUGAUGUCGCUCUAGCUGUUUGGAUCCUUGCAUGGUUGCUGAUCUACAUACCUUGCUUACUUUAUGGUGGAUGCUGCUUAGUCCGACUGCAUCCAGCCCAUGCAGCUUCAAGCUGCAAACAUCUAAAAUAUAGCCUGUGCUGUCCCGAAUCUGCAUGCUAUAUUCAUAGAAAGAAUUUACUACUAGUAGCAGAAGAUGCGUCUUGUUCUGUUGUCCUGAUGAGAUUGUUAUCCCUCACUACCGAAGUUAUUAACUCGAAAAAGCCUGCAAGCUCUACAUAUCUACAGUUGCUUGCUAGUUAUUGUUAUUUUUUGCUGUCUGUGUGAAGAUGAUAUGUAUCAAGAGCAAAAAGCUCUUAAGAACCUUGUAUCUAAGUAUCAGUUAUGUUUCAAAAAUGUUAAAACAAAAUUCUCUGUUUAAUUUAUAAGUUCUAGUUCUUCA